CACCUGUCAGCCUCAGCAACAGACUACUCUCAGUGACAGGUGGAUUCAAACAAUUACAAAGUGUAUUAGUUACCUCUACAAAGCUAUAUAAGUUUGUUUUAUCUCUCUUUAAUGCAUCUAAACUAUAGCAUCUGACAAUUAUGUUUAAUCUGCAGGCCUCAGCUUUAUGUCAGCUGCUCUACAGGCCCAUCCAGUCACUUCUGCUAACAGGGUUAAAAUGCCAAGGCAACAAUAGCGCUGCAUACCAGCGCACCUCGGUGCAUGUGUCCCUCCUGACCAGCAGAGGGCGCAGUCUUCAACGGGACCAGUCACAGCGCGUCCUCUGCAAAACCAAGCGAAGGGGCGGGGGAGAGUUGGAGCCAAAUUUUACAGAAAAGUGCCUCGAUGUUUGUGCACGAAGAUUUUUGGACUUAAAACAUUAUAGGAUUUACAAUUUGAACAUCGGGGAAGGUGCAGCCAUGGAUUCAAAUGAAGAGCAGAACAACAACACUGCAAAUGGGACAGCUCAGCAGAACAGUGGGACGUCUCGCACUGCUCAGAUCGCCCACAUGUCUCUGUACGAGAGGCAGGCCGUACAGGCUCUCCAGGCUCUCCAGAGACAGCCCAAUGCCGCUCAGUAUUUUCAGCAGCUCAUGCUCCAGCAGCAGAUCAGCAGUGCCCAGCUGCAAAACCUGGCAGCCGUUCAACAGGCUACACUUGCUGCAAGUCGGCAGUCCAAUACUCCGAGCAAUAGCGGCUCACAGACUGCAUCAACAGUGAACCUCAGCACCACUUCAGCCGGAGGGACCACCCCACGCCCCCACGGCCCCCCCACCUCCGCCACAACCACAGCCCUGAAUCAGUCUGUGCUCAUCGGGGGCAACUCCGCAGGCCAAGGACAGAUGUAUUUGAGAGUGAACCGGUCCCUCCGCGCUCCUCUGGCCUCUCAGUUAAUCUUUAUGCCCGGAGGAACAGCCACCGCGACUGUAGCAACAGUGACUCAGGCUCAGCCCCAGCAGCCACACGAAGCUGCUCCUGCAACCGGAGGAAACCAGACAGACAAUAACCAGGUCCAAAACCUCGCUCUCCACCACUCAUCCACUCCACGAACAUUAGCCGUCAAAUCUGAGCUUCCAGAGAGGAAAGACUGCUUCAACCAGCAGAACUUUGGGCAGCCUCAACAGCAACAAGUUCAACCCCAACAACAGGCAACCAAACCAUUUAACCAACAACCAAAUAUUUCUGUCAAAACUGGAAACGCAGCGGCCAUGACGGUGACUCCAGCAGCAUCAGUAGCCCCCUCUCCCUCCUCCUCCGCUCUCCCUCUCUCUCAGCUCCUCCUCUCCUCUUCUUCUACCCCAGUUAUUUUAGUCCCUACGUCCAAUGUUACUACCUCUUCACAAGGUUACCCCAUUGCUUCAGUAACCCCCAAACCCAAUAUGAACACCCAAACUCUAGUAGUUCAACCUUUGCAGCAAGCGAAUACCACUUCCGAUAAAGUUCCGGUGCCUAUACAACCUAAAACCCCUCAAGGUCAUCGUUUGCCCGUGCAGUUGCCCCCUCCACGACUGCCCACGCCCAUCCUACCUGCCCCUCCCUCCAGCGGGGGCUCCACAGGGGGGCAGAGCGUGCCUCAUGUCCCGGUGCAGUUGGUGGGGGCCCGGCAGAACACAGGAGGAGGGGCCCAGGCAGUGGCUUUAGCACAAGUGAGAAGUAACGCAGUCCAAGAGCAGACAGCAGGGACGGUCGGUGUCUCCAACAACAAUGGGACAAAUAUGACUAAACCUGUAGUUGGAUCUUUGAAGAGGAAGUCAGACUGCGACGCUCCCACUGACAUCAACACGUCUGAACCUCUCGACUCUUUGAAAGACGCCGCUCCUCCUCUGUCUCCUGCUCCAAAGGACUCAGCGCCCCCUGCUGUUGCUGCCUUUUCAUCUCCUCCGACUCUGUCCCUCCCUCCUCCUCUGUCCAGAGUGGGACUGGGGGAUAAAGAGCGUCCUCCUCUUCCUCAGGCUGUGGUCAAACCUCAGGUCCUCACUCAUCUCAUCGAGGGCUUUGUGAUCCAGGAGGGAGCUGAACCGUUCCCUGUCGCUGGACUCCUUAAAGACCGAGACUUCUCCCUCAUGGCUCUGUCAGAGAACGGACCAGCGUUGCUGAAGUGUGAAUAUUGUGGAAACCUCGCUCCUGCCAGCCAGUUCAGAGGCUCCAAGAGAUUCUGUUCAAAUACGUGCGCCAAGAGGUAUAAUGUGAGCUGCAGUCAGCAUUUCAGGAUCAGCCGAGGGAGGAGUGGAGCAGGACUGACACCAGAGGGCGCCAGACGCAGAGGAGCCUCACGCCGCAGCGUCUCUGAUACCAGAGCCAACAAAGUCCCAAACAGACACCUGCCCAUCAAGUGUCAUUCAGAGUCGAGUCACUCUGAGGAGGUGUCCAGUGACGGAGAGGACGACUCUGCCUCUCUAUCUGCCACCUCAUCGCGCUCCGGCUCCAGAGCUGAGGCCCCACAGUCCGACUGCUCUGCCCCGGGGUCAGUGCCUCUGGACGGGGGAAGCUUUCUGUCCUCCACCCCGGCGCAGUGGAGCGUGGAGGAGGUCUGCCGCUUCAUCUCCUCUCUACAAGGCUGUGAGGAACUGGCUGCUCAGUUUUUGUCCCAGGAGAUUGACGGUCAGGCUCUGCUGCUGCUGCGGGAGGACCACCUCAUCUCCACCAUGAACAUAAAACUGGGACCAGCGCUCAAGAUCUGUGCCUCCAUCAACAGCCUGCGCGAGUAACCCAGACCGCAACAUGAACCACAACAUAUCAUUUAAGGAGUGUUGAAUGUACAAGUUUACUUUUAUCACUGCAAAAACUAAUAUCUGCAUUAGAGUUAAAUGACUUCAAUCCCCCCCAAAAAAUGCCCCAAACAUAUUUAUUUAGUUAUAGACAAAACAAUCACAACUGAACCUUUGUUGCCUUAACCUGCUCUGUAAUGAUGCCUGAAGGUGCUGGAGUUUAGGUAGUGAGGAUUCAGAUCAGAGAGAAGCUUUUUUAGGUUGAUUUCUUGAUGGUUUUAGUUGUAGGACCUGGCAACCCGUGUGAGGCUCAUUCGGCUUUUAUAUUAGACAAUCGGCUUGAGAACCAAAACACCAAAUGCAAAAAUCAACAAUUGUUAUGAGUGAAAUCAGUACAGUCGUCCCUCACUAUAACGCGGUUCACCUUUCGCAAGCUCUCUGUUUUGCCAAUUUUUUUAGUGCAAUUUUGUCUGCUUUUUUUUUUUUUUUUUUGAAACUCGUUGUGUUUCUCCUCCUGCGUCUUGAUUGGCUAAGGGGCCAAGAUCAUUGUCAGUCAGUCUCCUCCGUGCCGUGUCUCCUGUACAGUACAGAAUGCGUUCAUCUUGACAAAUUUACAUAAAUGUUUGAUCGCUAGCAGUGUGAUUCUGAAGUGUUGUAUGUUUGCGAGUUUUCUCCCCUACAAAACCAUCAAUAUCGACGAAACGUUCUGCACCGACAAAGGCUCCUGCGAUCACACCCAAAACGCAGAAGAAGAUGCAAACCACUGCUCAAAAAGUUGGACUUCAGGACAUGAUGAUGGAAGGGAGAAGUUACGCGGCUGUAGGGCGCCAAUGUGGAAUAAAUUGAGCUUUGGUUUGUUACAUAAAAAAGGAUGAAAAUAACAUAAGGACAACAGCAGCAAUAAGUUUUAAGAAGGAUGCAAAAAGGCUUGUAACUGUCCUGUCUGAGAAAAGUGUAUAAAGUGUGUGGUUUUUACAGCCUUAACACAUAUAUAAUUAUUGUAAAAAAUAAGAACGUAACCCCCGCGAUAAACGAGGGGCCGCUGUAUACAAUUUGAACAUGUUAACUAAAUGAUAAAGAAAAUUCCCUAAAAGAAAAACUGUACCUUUCUGAAAGUAAAAAGUAUAUUUAUAAAUCUUGCACCAGUGGCAUUUUGUUGGUUAAAUUAACAAAACUAUUCAAAUUAGUACGUACUCGAUAAAUGCUGUAAACUAUUAUCUACUCUGAUCAAUUCUUAAAUUCUGAAUUCAAGCCAUUUUCACUUGUGUAGAUAUUCUUUUUUGCAGUGUAGACCCUGAAUGUGCAAACUCGUGUUACAAGAAACAUAAAAGUAUUUUAGAGAUUGACUAACUACAGAAAGUAUUCAAGUUUACUUUUUAGGUAAAAAACAAAGUCACCUUCUUUAUUCACUCAGUGCUUUAACUUGAGCCAAUUGAUGAAACUUUUGUAAAAUGUUUGUAGUCUCAGAGUUUAGCUGUUUUAAUCCCGGAGGAACCAUAGGACUAGACCUGGUUUUACAAUGACAGUAGUUUUUACACUUUUAAAAUCUAGUUUUGUACGUCUAUGUUUUUUACAAAUGUAUUUUUCCACUGUUUUACACUAAAGCUCUAUGAACUUUAAAGACGCGUUAUGGAUCAUUUCUGGUGAAGGGUCUGCUACCAGUUCUUCUCCAUGGAGAUGUUACUGCUUUGGUUGGUAUGUUCGAGGGUAUGGCAUUAAACGUAACUGUCUUCAAGUCAAGUCAGAUCUGUGGAGAGGCAAGCCAGCUCACAUAGUAAGAUUUCAGGAUUUUCAAGGACAGUUUUUAGCAACAAAACCUAUAAUUAAAUACUUCUAAGCAGAGAAGUUUGAGGCUAUAAAAUCUUCCUCGAGUCAAGAAGGUGGUGGUGGGUCCUCCUCCAGAAAAAGUACAUAGUGCAGCUUUAGCCCGCCUUUACCUGAAUGAGGUUCUCUGUGUACUUGUAUGCAGUACUGCCAAUAAACUUGAACAAACUACAACA